GCUUCACAGCGAGUUGUGGACAGAACAUGAUCACACGGUGUCUGACACAAGCUCUGAAAUCAGUCACUACAUGGACGAUCAGUACUGGCCUGCUGGAUUACACGACGACUGCAAAUGAUUGGAGAAGGAUUUUUUAAACAGACGAGGGUUCGGUAUAAAGGUGCUCGAGCAAAUGAGGAAACGGGAGAGCGAAGAGGAAGUUGCUGUUGCUACAUUGGACCCUUUGCAGGGAGUACAAGCUGUACAAUGGUAGAUCCUUCCAAGUAUGUUGCCAUGGACUGUGAGAUGGUGGGACUUGGCUGCAAUGGCCGUGACAGUGGUCUGGCGCGCUGUAGCAUCGUUGAUUAUGAUGGGAAGGUGAUCUAUGACAAAUUUAUCAAACCAGAUGGGACAAUUACAGAUUACAGGACACCCGUGAGUGGGAUUCGCCCAUCGGAUAUGGAUACAGCUGUGCCUUAUCAGAUCGCCAGGGAAGAGAUUCUGGAGAUCUUGAAAGGAAAGAUUAUCGUGGGCCACGAUCCCAGGUCUGACUUCUGUGUACUGAAUACGGACGUUUCGAACUACGCCAUACGGGACACCUCAUCGUGCAAGUUACUGAUCACAAAAGCAAAACUGAAAACCGACAGACGUGCCUCAUUAAAGGCUCUCUGCCAGAAACUGCUGGGGAAAAGAAUACAGGACAGCUACAAAGGACACUCGUCUGUGGAGGAUGCAAGUGCAGCGAUGGAGCUCUUCAGACUUGUAGAUAACACGUGGGAGCUUCAACUCACCAAUGGUCUCAGGGUGGAGAUAGUAAACCGAUUUGAAGGACGUAACAGAUAUUAAUGAAUAAAACAACAACAGAUUAAGGAUUCUGAUUUUCAUAUGCCAAAUAAACAAGUAAUUAUAUCAG